CUGCUGUAAAAAAACAAAAGUGGACGAACGAAGCGAAGCGGCAAUUUAUCUUUGCAAUUGCAAUGGCAGAUCCUAGAAUUCGACAAAUUAAAAUAAAGACGGGUGUAGUGAAGCGCAUCGCCAAGGAGAAAGUGGUGUACGAAAAGGAGGCAGAGCAACAGAAGAAUAGGGUACAAAAGUUGAAGGACGAGGGUAAAGACGAACAUGACAUCAGAAAGCAAGAAGAAGUGCUCCAAGAGUCUCUGAUGAUGGUCCCGGACUGCCAAAGAAGACUUGUCAAAGCAUUUGCAGACUUAAAAAAUACUCUUGAAACAGAACAGGACCUCAAAGAGCACGAAGAUUAUAUUGCUGCACAGCAAGUGUUGAAAGACGCUGAGUGCCAGCUGCCCGAGCCUGUUUCGUCAUAAUUCUAGUUA